AGUAAGGCAAUUGGGAUACACAGUUCAACCCUCAUGGGAUUCCCUAGUUUUAUUGUGUAUUCCAGCUGGCCUUUAGAAUAGCCCUAUUGAGGUCUUAGUUAUUUUGCCAACUGGAGUCAACGUCUUUUAAGAUUAGAUGGUAUCCUACAGAAUGUGGCAUAUACUCUGAACCAGUGACCAACUAUAUGGAGCCGUUUCUCUCAUACCAAAAAUACACAAGUCCAGGGAUGAGAUGUAUUAACAUAAGUGAGGUGGUGCCUCUUAAAAAUCACACUUGUCUCGCUCCCUACCUGGUCGCAGACGUUGCAGAUGAGUAGGGUCGACGAGGCUGGGGGCUGCAGCGGGUGGCAGGCGCCGUCAUGCCCCGGUAUUACGAAGACAAGCCGGAGGGCGCUGCAUGCGCGGGCGUGAAGGAGGACCUGGGUGCAUGCCUGCUGGAGUCGGACUGUGUGCUCCAGGAAGGAAAAUCCCCUCGGCAGUGUUUGAAGGAAGGAUACUGCAAAGCUUUGAAAUAUUCAUUUUUUGAGUGUAAAAGAUCAAUGUUGGAUGCCAGAUCAAGAUUCAGAGGAAGAAAAGGUUAUUGAUACCAUUAUUGAAACCAAGAUGAAAACAACAAAGGAUUUUCUCUGGCCAUUAAAACAGAGUCAAAAUAGGAAACAGUUUUUUCUACAUCUCUUUGGUUGAACCACUUUUUCCUUCCAUGGAACACUAGAGAAAAUGGAUGAGUUGUGUUUUUGAAUAUAUAUAAAGUAAAUGAUUCUCUUGAUGUAAGUUAGUUUUAGAAGAAAAAUUUAACAGUUAUGGGCUGGGAGCAUAAUAAAUGUGUUUUGAGCAUUGUUCUAAAGCACAAAGAAUGGGCAGACUGUUAUUUUCAAACUUGACUCUUCAAUCAAGUUACACAAUUUAUACAUCCUGAAGGCCACUGACACAAUCUAUAACAUGAAACCUGUCCAGAAGAUGUCCAUUGGGAAAGUUUAGCAUAAAACUUUUUCUUUUAUUCAA